UUGAAGAGAAACUAGACAAACUCAACAGGAAACAACGUGAGUCGCAGGAAAAAAUGAGGUAUUAUGAACCUAAUGUUGAGAAAAUCAAUUCAGCUCUAGAAGCAGGAGUUUACCAGCAGUUUCUUGCUAGCGCUAUUCAGCGUAUACAAUUGUCAAAGGCCAAACUGCUAGGAAAUCAACUUGUUCAUGAAAGGACUGAAAAUGUUGAGGUGCAGGCAGCAUCAUCGAUGCAAAUGGAUGAUGCAACUUCAUUAACUGAUCAGACUGUUGAAAGAAACCAAACCGGGAUGAAUUCAACCAUAUUGGAUGAAAAUCAAAGUGGUACAAGCUUAGCUGCAGGGCCUCAUCUUAGCCUAGGCUUCAUUGAAGCACAAAUGCUGUGGAAUAAGCAUGGGAUUCUUUGAAAUUUUAUAAUUUGUUUGAUAAAAUAAGAUAAAUUAUGCAAGACAAUGAUUAUAUUAUUAUUGGCUUUUGUGAAACAACCAAAUGGGUAUAUAUGUCAUCAAUUUGAAUUAUGUA